AUGCCAAACGAAUCGUCGCAACUGAUAGACUGCGAUGUGGGACACAAUGCCAACAUCAGCCUUGUGGCAGUCUAUUCUCUCGUGUGCUUGUUUGGGACAAUUUUAAACCUUUUGGUUGUCUACCUGGUCGUGACAUUUAAGAAACUUCGGACGGCUAGCAAUGCGUUCAUUGUGAACGGCUGUAUAGCCGACCUGUUGGUGUGCGCGUUUUGGAUGCCGCACGAGGCAGUGGAGAUUUCCUCUGGCAGUUCUUUUCCGGCUGUGUACCAAGCCUUCAAAUAUGCGCUCCUAUUCCUCGGCAUCACUGUCUCUCUUCUCUCCCAUUCCCUCAUAGCCGUCAACCGAUACGUCGCUGGUGAUUUGGUAAUCAACACGUAUCUGUCCAUCUACCAAAAAAGAUACACAGAAUGGAUGCUAAUUCCGUCGUGGCUUUCGGCGCUGGGAUUUCUUCUACCCUGGAUCACGUCUUCGCGGUACCCACAGGAAGGAUGCUCAUGUCUCCCUGCUUCCGCAGCAUCAUUGCUCAAAGGAGGGACGCCCAUUCUCUCUGACCCAUUUGAAGCGGGUACCCUGGUGUUGACUAUUGUUGGUCAGACAAUGGUUGUUUUGUAUUGCUAUUUGAAAAUAUUUCGAAGGGUGCAGAUCAGUGUGAAGAGGCUCAGCAUAUUACAUGUUCCUAUCGUGAAUAACCUUCCCUAUUCGCUCCCUCACUACACUACACACCACUACACUACACACUACACUACACACUACACUACACUACACUACACACUACACUACACACUACACUACAGACCUUUCUGGGUGUUAUUACCAGCACUUUUUACCACGGUUUCAUUGGCACUUAAGAAAUGUUCAUGGAUGAUUUUCUGCACUAUCUUUGUUACAAACCCAUUUUUCUACACUUGGAAGAACGAGGAAUUUAAAAGAUCCGUGCUCAUGGGAGAAUUUUGGAGAGGGUUUGCAGUUGGGGUUGAGCCCAUUACGAUGAAUACAAUAUCUGACCUUCUCCCAAGACAAAAUAGUCGAAGGGAAUUUUUGGCCGAGAUGAAUUGAACAUAAUCUGAACUGCUAUGACAUUGGUUAUUGUAAGGAUACAGCUGCUACAAUGUUUUAGAAAGCCUACCUGACAACAAUCGAAAAUUACACUAUA